UAUGUACAUGUGCUUACGUACGAGCUAUCAACAAUCAGAACAAAAUGGCUGCGUCCAUACCGAUUGCUGCCGUUACAAUUGUAAGGGGUGCAGGGAGAAAAUUAAGACAUCUAAAUGGUCAUGGUGUGUCAGCUCCCAUCUUGCAGAGAUAUUUUACAAGAACAUUAAGUACGAAAGAUCUCGUCAGUUCCGAUCACACAGAUAAGAAGAUACAGAGGCGAUCUGAGAAAAUAAGUGCAGCAAUGAAAGCCUUUCUUAAAAAGGCAAGGGAACACGAGAUCAAGGUUAACAUACACACAGAGGAAUAUGAACUUGGACGUAAACACUUGGCCAAUAUGAUGGGAAUUCAUCCCGAUGAAAUGACAAAAGAUCACAUAAAUGAGGCCAUUCAGUAUUUACUUCCAUCAGGAUUGUUUGAUAAAGGAUCCAGGCCACAGUUCAAGCAUCCAAAAGAUUUCCUUCCAGUGAAUUUAGAAUUUCCGUUUGAUGUAUCAGGGCGCCCACACCAUUACCAGUACUACACAAUGAAGCCAUAUUACUAUCAAAUGAUGUCUGAAGCAGCCUGGAGAACAGAGUCUUUGAAAGAGGAAGAAAUAAGAAUUGGACUCACAGGCCAAGCACCAAAGGAAUCCAUGACUCAUUUGACUGAAGAAUUCGAUUGGAUGGAUACAAAGACCUUGAUUCAUACAUUCAAAUCAACGUACUCAGAAACUGUCACAGAGAAAGAUCACAAAAGAUUUGUUGAAGUGAUGACAAAACUAUCCAAAAUGAGGCUGAGAGAGCAGGAUGUUGAAUUCUUGAGGCAGUAUGGUUCUCAAAAGUCAUUAGAAACUAAAUCAGCAGACUCUGGAGAUGACAGGAAGUUCCUAACUGAUGAAACUGGACGGAAUUACAAAACUGUGAAUGGGUUCAGAAAAACUGCGAAGGCCCGAGUAACCGUUUAUGGAGAAGGGAAGGGUUCCAUAGAGAUUAAUGGGAGGGGCUUGGAUUAUUUCAACAAUGAAUAUGCAAGGGAGCAGAUUUUAUUUCCCCUUUUGCUGACUGAGACGUUAGAUGGAGUGGAUGUCCGUGUGACAGUGGAGGGGGGUGGAGAGAUGGGACAGUCAGGAGCCAUCAGACACGGUCUUUCAAAAGCUCUGCUCCCCUUCGUCUCACAACAAAUGUGCAACAAACUCUCAUUAGCUGGUCUCCUGGAUAGAGACAGUCGUAUUAAGGAGAGGAAGAAACCAGGCCAGAAGAAGGCUAGGAAACAAUUCCAAUGGAAUGCUCGAUAAUGGUCAAGGAUCGAAGAGGAAGAUGUUACUUUUUUUCCCCAUCAUAAAUUAAAUAUUAGCACAUUUUA